AUGGAUGGCAAAUAUGAUUCGGCUGUGAUUGUUUGGAGAAGUGUUCGGGUGUGGAUUAAAUCUUUGGCAAAUAAUAUUAAUUUUGUUAGUCAUUUAUCCAUGCACGACUUGAAGAUUUUGGAAGAUUUUAAUUUAGAGAGGCCUCACAUUUCUAUGCGUCCUAGUAAAAUUGUUAAAUGGUCCAGGCCCCCUUCGGGCUGGGUGAAGCUUAAUUGCGACGGGAGUUGUAGAGGUAAUCGGGGUAAUUCGGGAGGGGGCGGCAUUAUUAGAAAUUGGAAUGGUCUGGUAAAAGGGGCUUUUUCUGCCCAUUAUGGGGUGGGAACGAAUAGUGGCGCUGAAAUGAAAGCUAUUUUGGAUGGUAUUAGAUUGUGUAAACGGCUCCAUUUGAGUAAUGUGAUUAUUGAAAGUGAUUCACAAAUUAUUGUUGAUUGGCUUUGUAUGGGUAAAUGCUCUGUGUGGUAUCUUUGGGAUUUUUGGGAGGCUUUGCGCAAGGAACUUGAGGGGCUUAAUUUUGUUGUGGUUCAUCAAUUGCGGGAAGGUAACAGUGCAGCGGAUUUUCUUGCUAGAGAAGGUGAAAUGGGUUUGAAUGUCACGUAUAACGGCAAUCAAGAUUUUCCCAGGUUUUUAAAAGGUAUUGUGCGGCUGGAUUUUCUUGGCAUUCUGUACUUGCGUCGUUAG